UCGCACGGACGUCGGGUGUUCAAGAACAGAACACGAGAAAGGAACGAACUGCGAAAUGGGCAUGUCGCAAACGACUUCGAGUUGUAUCUCACGCGGAUCAACUGUCGCCAGAGUGCGAGGCUUUGUAUAAAUAUUACAAAAAAGCCAAAAAACAAGUGGACUACUUCAGACGAGCCAAGAUGGCGUCUAAGUUGUCAAAAGAGGCUUCGUUCAAACAAUUAGUGGCAGGAAUGAACUCUGUGGCAAGAAAAUUUCUGUGGAUGCAGAUUAAACUCUGUACUACGAGUAAAAAAGGCAGAAGGUUUAGCCUAGAGGAGAAAGUAAUUGCACUUUCAAUUAUGAAGCAAAGCCCGAAAUGCUACAGAUUCUUGCAGAGAAUAUUCAUCCUGCCAUGCAAAACGACACUGAACAAGUUGUUAUUAAAUGUGAACAUUGAAGCUGGCAUUAAUACUCAAGUCUUUAAUGUCAUUAAACAAGAGGUCUGCAAAUGGAAUGGGGCCAAAAGAAUGUGUUCCAUAAUAUUUGACGAGAUGAAGUUGGAGGCUGGCGUCCAUUACUCGAGAAAACAUGACAAUAUCAAUGGAUUCGUGGAAUUGUCUGAGAAGACCAACCACUUGGCCGACCACGCUCUAGCAUUUAUGAUUAAAGGCGCGGUUUAUAAGUGGCAACAACCGAUGGCGUAUUAUUUCUCCGAAGGUGCCGCGUCGGGUCCGCAGAUGAAGGCCAUCAUCAAGGCAAUAGUGUCGGCCGUGUGCGAGACGGGCCUGCAGCCGAUCGCUGUGAUAAGCGACCAAGGGACUUCGUUUCAAAGCGCCUUUAAAAGCCUUCAAGAGGAUACUAGAAGAUCACAAAUCUUAGCAGGCCAGGAGCCCAAUGACACUAUACACUUAAAUGGCCAAAGCCUUAGUGUGUUGUAUGACCCGCCACAUUUAAUUAAAGGAGUCAGGAAUAACUUCUUAACGAAGAAUAUUGUAAUGGAGGAUAAAGUCUCUAAGUGGCAGGACUUGGUGGACGUGUACCGCACCGACUGCGGCCACGCGCAGGCUCGCCUGCUGCACAAGCUCAACGACGAGCACAUACUCCCGGAGAAAAUUAAAAAAAUGAAGGUGAAAAACUGUGUACGUGUUUUCAGUCAAACCAUGGCAGGAGCUUUAUCCUACACAGCUUCAUUUUCGCACUACGCGGACGGCACACCGGUCAGCGCGACGCUGGCCAACACGGCGGAGCUGGUGGCGUUCCUCGACGACCUCUUCGAUAGCGUCAACGGUGCCAGCACGCACCACAAGCACACCAAGGGAAAGAAAUUACGGACUGCAGUGACAGAAAACUCUGAACAUCACGCUUUCUGGGCGAAGGCCAUACCUAUCAUCGAAAACAUGAAAUUCUGCGAUCAGAACGGCAAACUGACCACAGUGCCGAGCUUAAGAAAUUGGGUGACGACGUUAAAAAGUUUUCAAAGGCUGUGGCAGGUCAUGAAAGAUAAAAACAUAAAGAUAAUGCGCCCGCGGUAUUUUAAUUCUGACGCGAUCGAAAAUUUCUUUGGAAGAGUGCGGGCAUACAAUGCCAGAAAUAAUGACCCGACCUGCUACGCCUUUGAGUGCACAUUUAAGUCAUUACUAAUUACUAAUUUUAUAAAAUUUCACGAAAAUACUUAUAAUUGUGAAGAAGACUGUGCUGAGCAAGUUAUUAAAAUUCAAUCAUUGUUUUCGCACACCGAAGAAACCAGUUUAAUGGACGAGAAUACUGCCAUAUCAGUUGAUUCUGCGCCUUCCUCAUUUUCGGUCUCCAACGAUCGUGAGGACGGCGCAGAACAACUAUUGGUUCAAGCCACACGGGAGCGUCUACAUGUACACUCGCGGGCAUAUACCGCGGGAUGGGUCACUAGAAAAGUAUUGAAAACACUUGGUUGCAAAAACUGUGAAAAAGAUUUAACAACAGAAGAAACAGAUAUCCACAAAUGGAUAUCUAAAAGAGAAUAUAAUGUAAUUAAAAAAAAUAAAUUGACCUAUCCCUCGGAGCAUGCUGUGGCGUCUUUUGGCAACAUUGUCGAAAAAUCAAAUGAAUAUUUGGAACACAACGCGCAUAAAUCAAACAUAAAAAAACAAAUCACUCAAAUUUUAAUGUCCAAAUAUUCAUUUGAUUUUAUCAAAUGCGAAAGUCACCGUGAUUUGGCUAGGCAGACGUUCAUUUCUGUAUCUUUAACUCUGAGCAUUUUUAACUGGUGUAAUACAAUAAAUAAAAUUUUAAAAGGCACCGAUGUAUCGAGACUGAAUAUUAAGAACUUGCCUCUCAUGCAAGCACAGGCUUACAGGAAAUAUAAGAAAAGGUUCAGAAAUAAAUGAUAAUAAGUAUUA